AGAUUUCCUCUCACCAGUUGAGUUUUCUGUGAUAUUUCAGAGGCACGAUGGCGACUGCAGUACCUGAUUUUGAACUGAAGGUUAUUCUUCUGGGGAACAGCUGGUCUCAACGGUGUAGAGUGGGAAACUUAAUCCUGGGAAGGAGCAUGUUCCUGGCAGAGGACGAACCGCACUUUGAGAAAAUCAAAGGAUGGUGGAAAGGCGGUGAAGAUAUUACCGUCAUCAACACUCCAGAUCUCCUGCAUCCCAAAAGCAUUGGCGAUAAACUAAAAAGACAUUUAGAAAUAUGCGUAGGACUCUUUGAACCUGGAACAUAUGUGCUCCUGCUGGUUCUACAGUCUGAAGACUUCACUGAGCAACACAGGCAGAAGCUCUGCGGAGUCCUUCAUCACUUUGGUGAUCAUUCAUUUGAUCAUUCACUGGUUCUUACAUUAACAUCUGCUGUGGGAAGGUCAAGUGUCAAGAGGGAUCAUAGAAACAACCCACAUUUAGAAGACAUAAUCAGACUGUGUAGAAAAAGGUUCUUGGACCUUGAAAACCGUAAAGUUCAAGACCUGAUAACAAGUUUGGAUCACAUUCUGGAAAUGAACAACAGAGCGAAUCUGGACAUGGAUAACUCCAGGAAGGCAACAUGUGCUGCUCCAAAUCUCCAGAUUGUGUUGUUUGGAAAAAGCAAUGACAAAAAAGCAAAACUAGGAAAUUACAUCGUUGGGAAAAGAGAGUUUUAUACUUCAAAAAGUUUUCCAAACAAGUGUGAGGUUGCCCAUGGAGAGUGGGGAGGGAAACAGGUAACAGUAGUGAAAACUCCAGAAAUGUUCAUUCUACCUGUGGAAACAAUGAGACAAGAAAUGAGAAGAUGUGUGGAAGCUUGUCCUCCCGGACCGAAUGUCCUGCUGCUGUUAGUGGAGCCUUCUGAUUUCACUGAAGAGAACAGAAAAACACUGAAGUUCAUCCUGAGUUUGUUUGGUCAAGAUGCUUUGAAAUACUCAAUAGCCAUCAGCACACAUGAGGGGGACGAAACAGGAAUGGCCUUCAGACGACUACUUCAAGACUGUGGAGAAAGGCACUACAGUAUGACUGAAAACAUCCACUGGGUAAUGAUGGAGAAGAUGGAAAACGUUGUGCAUAGAAAUAAAGGAAACUUCCUCACGUUCACUGAAGAGUCCAUAAAGUCUGAACCCAACAAACCGGCUUUAAACCUGGUUCUGUGUGGGAGAAGGAGAGCAGAGAUAAUGUCAGCAGCAACGGCCAUUUUAGGUCAGACAGAUCUUGAUUUUACCUUCAGCUCAUCACAGUGUGUUAAACAUCAGGGAGAGGUUUGUAGACGCUGGGUGUCCUUGGUGGAGCUUCCUGCCUUGCAUGGAAAACCACUGGAGGCAGUAAUGGAAAACACAUUCAAAUGUGUCUCCCUUUGUGAUCCUGAGGGUGUCCAUGCCUUCAUUCUGGUCCUACCUGUGGGUCCACUUACUGAUGGAGACAAGGAAGAGUUCAAGACCAUCCUGAACACAUUCAGCUACCAGAUUAAAAGCUUAACUGUGAUCCUGUUUACAGUCUAUUCAGAUCCUUCAGCUCCAGAAGUUGUCCACUUUCUCGAGAAAAACAUGGAUGUCCAGGAGCUCAUUAAGAGCUGCGGAGGAUAUUUUGCUCUUAACAUCAGAGACAGGCAGCAGGUUCCAGAGCUGUUGUUCAAACUACAGAAGCAAAGAUCUGGAUCUACAAAGGAACCACUGACCUACACAACGAAAAUGUUUGCACAGGCUCAAAUGGAAAGGGUCAGCAUGCUACAAGCAGAGCUCGAGGAUGGUGCUGGUGAGGAGCAGAGGCCAGGGGAUCUCAGGAUUGUGCUGAUAGGAAAGACUGGCAACGGAAAGAGUUCCUCAGGAAACAACAUUCUGGGAAGAGAGGUGUUUGAGUCUAAACCAAGCCAAUUCUCUGUCACAAAAUGCUGUCAGAAAGAACAUGCUGAUGUGAACGGUCGUCGUAUUACUGUGGUCGACACUCCCGGUCUGUUUGACCCAGAUCUGUCCCAAGUUGAAGUUUGCGAGGAGAUGAUUAAAUGCAUCAGUCUUCUGGCUCCAGGACCACAUGUCUUUCUGUUGGUGUUAAACAUCGGCAGAUUCACAGAAGAAGAGAAGGAGACGAUAAAACUCAUCAAGGAAGGCUUUGGGAGGAAGGCUGAAAAGUUCACUAUCAUACUGUUAACUGGAGGUGAUUCACUGAAGUAUGAGAAGCAGUCCCUUGAAGAAUACAUCAAAGAGAAUUGCACUGGUUCCUUCAGGAAGCUGAUCGCUGACUGUAGAGGAAGAUACCAUCUGUUUGAUAACCGCAAGAAACAAAACCGAGAACAGGUUAGUGAGCUGAUCGCCAAGAUCGACUCAAUGGUACAGGAAAAUGGAGGCAGCUGCUACACCAAUGAGAUGCUGCAAGAAGCUGAAGCAGCGAUAAAGAAAGAAACAGAGAGGAUCCUGAAAGAGAAGGAAGAGGAGAUGAAGAGGAAGGUGGAAGAACUCCAAAGAAAACAUGAAGAAGAAAUGGGAGCAAUGAAAAGACGAGUGGAAGAGCAACAAGCAGAAACUGAAAAACAGAGAGAGCAGAGAGAGAACCUGCUUAGGGAAAAGGAAAAAAAUAUCAUUAAAGAAAAAGAAGAGAGAAGAAGAGAACAGAGAAUUAGAGAGGAGGAAGACAAGAGGAGAAUGCAACAGGAAGAAAUUCAAAGACAGGAGUGGGAACAGAAGCUCACAGAUUUGGAGAAAAGGAAGCUGUCAGAAUCAGAGGAAAAUUACAGCAUUCACAGAGAGCUGGCGAAAGCCAGAGAAGAACUGAAGAAAGAAAGAGAGAACUGGGAGAAAAAACAGAAUGACUGGUGGGAAGAAAGGUUUAAGGAAAACGAGCAGAUAAGACAUGAAGAAGAAAUGAAACGACAAAAGCUCCAAGAGGAAUAUGAAAGGGGAAAAGAAAUUAAUGAAAAGAAAAGAAAAGAGGAAGACCAAAUCAGAAGGCAAGUGGAGGAAAAAGAGAAGAAAGCUAUUGAGGAAAACUACAAGGCUAAAAUGGAGAACCUGAAGAAAACAUUUGAGGAGGAAGCCAGAAAGAAAGCUGAAGAGUUCAAUGAAUUCAAAGACAAAAAGAAAAAGGAAUAUGAAACCCUGAAGGAGGACCACGAGAAACAGAUGAAAGACAGAGAUGAGAAAUAUGACCUCUUAAAGGUGAUGUCAGUCUAUCAGGAAGAAGAACUGAAGAAAAAACAUCGAGCUGAACUCUACAGCAUGGUAAAAUGUGUCACCAAAAAGAAAGAAAACAUGCAAAAAGUCAACAGCCUGCUAAAAAAACACAAGAAAGAUAUAAAGAUGAUGGACACACAGGAGAAAAGGGAAACCCUGCAAGAAACCCAUGAAAACGAAAUCACUGAUCUGUUACAGGAACUCAUGGAAGGAGCAGACCGAAAGUGUAAGGUUCAGUGA